AACUUACUUCUACCAAAAGGUUGGAUUCCAGCCAUGUCGUCGGAGACGACCCUACCGGCGCCGCUCCCAUUAAGUGGCUGCGUCAUAUCUAUGAGCGGCGCUCUCCCCGGGCCUCCUGGGCAUAGAACCCAGGUCGAAAUAAAGGAGAAGUAUCUAGAUGUCCUUGGUGCAUCUUACUCCAAGAACGUCACAUCCACAACAACGCAUCUGGUCUGUGGCGAGGGAUAUUUUAGGCGAUGGUCACAUCCAAAGACCGAUCUAGCCGAGGAGUAUGAUAUUCCUAUUGUAACCUUCCACUGGUUGGAAGAUUCGCUUAAGAACAAUAAGCGUAUGGACGAAGAAACCUAUCGCUUCGGAUCGGGAUCCCACACGUCUAUCGUCGGUACUCGUCGAAAACGACAGCAACCAGAUGAUGGCAACAUCGACGACGACGACGACGACACCCGACCACAGGCCAAAAGAGGGAAAAUCGACAAGACUGAAUUAAAGGAAGGAAAAGCUAAGAUCGGUGAAGCGCAAAUCGCCCUAACCCGCGAUGUUACCGUCCCUUUGGACUUGGGAGCGCAAACUGAGCUCCCUGGUUACGAGGUCUUCAUUAAUGAUGCCGGUGUAAUCUACGAUGCAUCAUUAAGCCAAGCAUCCAGUUCUGGAAAUGUGAACAAAUUUUACAGAAUUCAGAUUCUUCGAUCCCUUGAUAAUAAGUUCUAUUGUAGAGUCCGAUGGGGUAGGGUGGGUGCGCAAGGAGCUACAAAGAUCCAUGGUGAUGGUAGCCAGCAUCUUGCCUGCAUGGAAUUCCAGUCCAAAUUUCGUGAAAAGACUGGUCUAAUUUGGGUGAAUCGUGCACAUCCACCACGACCCAAGAAGUACAUCUUUAUCGAGAGAUGCUAUGACGUGGAAAGGAAGGACGGCAGCGAAGACGGUGUCAAGAUACCGUCUCGUCUAUCAAAGCCCGUACAAGAGCUGAUGAAGUUGAUAUUCAACCAACAGUACUUCGCCGCUACAAUGUCCGAGCUCAAUUACAAUGCCAACUCGUUACCUUUGGGCAAGCUCAGCAUGUCAACAAUAACGCGAGGAUACGAAGCGUUGACCGACUUAUCCGCCCUCCUACACGAUCACUCUCUUGCCACGACAGAGUACCAAACGAGCUUUGAUUCGGCUGUGGAGGAAUUAUCUAACUUAUACUUUUCUCUCAUCCCCCACGUCUUUGGGAGGAACAAACCUCCCGUAAUCAAGGAUCCGGUGUUGCUCAAAAAGGAAAUAGAACUUCUCGAGAGCUUGUCGGAUAUGAAGGAAGCCUCAUUACUAAUGAGCGCUGAGGGAGAUAAAGAGAAACUGCACCCGACGGACCAGCAGUUUAAUAGCUUGGGGCUGGACGAAAUGACUCCUCUAGAUAGGGAUAGUCAGGAGUUCCUUGACCUGAAGGACCUGUUACUCAAGACCCAAGGCGCAACACACCAGGUCAACUAUGAGAUUUCGCAGAUCUUUAGAGUGUCGAGAAAAGGCGAAAAGGAGCGCCUCAAGGCGUCGUACGAUCCUCCCCAGUCGAGACAACUCCUUUGGCAUGGCUCGAGAUGCACCAACUUCGGUGGCAUCCUCUCGCAUGGACUGCGGAUUGCACCUCCUGAAGCGCCUAAUAAUGUGUUCGGGAAAGGUAUAUACUUGGCGGAUACCUCUAGCAAGUCGGCGAACUACUGCUUUCCUAACAGUAGUAACGGCCAUGCCCUCUUACUAUUAUGCGAAGCCGAGCUAGGCCAUACCUCGCAGGUGGCCAUGGCUCAAAUGCCGAACGCCGCAGAAGCAGCAAAGGCCGGCAGGUUCCUCUCGACAUGGGGACUGGGCCAGAAUGGCCCUGCCUCGUGGAAGGACGCUGGAUAUAUACAUCCAUCCUUAAAGGGCAUCAUAGUGCCCGAUACCCAAGGCAUGCUCCCGACGGGCAUUCCAUCCUCUCUAGUGUACAAUGAGUACGUAUGCUACGAUGUAGCCCAGGUCCGUCUUAGGUACCUUUUUCGGAUCCGGAUGUAG